GUACGCCCUCUGAAAGAGAGAGAAAGAAAGAAAGAAACAGACGACACCACGUCGUCACUUUCUCAUACUAGUAGCCUGUACUAGUAUAUGAUACUACCGAGCAAGUCCUCUUGGAGCGCUAGCUUGAGGCGGCAUUACUCCUUGAUUCCCGCUGCCCGCGCACAUUAUUUUGUAUCGGUGCGGAGAAACGGAAUGGCCAUCAGCGGCGUGCAGGCGCAGCUGUUUUGCAGCUAAUCCUUCUUCCUUCUUCCUCCUUCCUCCUGCUCCUCUCUCUGUCUCUGUCUCUCCCUUGCAGAGCUGGCUGAGAAAGAGCUAGCACAAACGUCGAUGCAAGCGACGAAUAAGAGACCGCAGAGAAGAUACCCUGUGGCACCCAUCGUCAUGUGCCUGGUCCUGGCGUGGGCAUCAUGCCUCCACGGCGACGACACUAAAUUAUUAGCGGCCGCGGUUCCAUUGCCGCGGCGUCCAGCAGCAACAAGCAGCGUGGCCGCCGCAGGGGGGAUGCCCGUCGUCGUGGGCUACCGCCCGAGACCUCAAGCAGGCGCCGCCGCCGGCCGCUCAGCACCGCGUUCCACCGCCUGGAUCGGAGACGACAAGCGCCAGAUUCCAAGCUGUCCCGACGCUCUCCACAACAGGGCCGUACCUGAAGGAUCGAGCUGGCUGGCCACCCAGGUCCUGACCCAAAAUAUUGUCAGUUAGGGGCGGAGCCAAGAUUACAAUAUAAAUGAGUCGAUAAAUUCAUCAAUACUAUAUGUUAAAAAAUAUUGUAUGAUAUUAUUAAUCUUAAGCACUCGACAUGUAAUAAGAAUUCUAGUUCUUUAUAAAUUAUCUUAGUCCAUGAAUCUAUUUUCUAGCUAAUUGAUAUAUUGAACUAAAGUUGUGUCGCAGUA